AUGCGUCACCGGGACCGUGCUUACAUUCUACAGAGGAAAGUCAAGGUGGCGGUAGAGCAACAUGUCAUCGACAAGCCGCCCAUCGAGGGAUUCCCAAUGCGAGAAUGGAGUAUGCGCCUGUACCUUCUCGACGAGGACGGGGCGGAACGAUCGGCAGAUGUUUUCACUAAAGUUGUCUAUAACCUGCACCCUACCUUUGAGAACCCAGUACAGACAUUCGUGAAGCCACCAUUCGUCUGCAGCAACGAGGGUUGGGGAGAGUUCGAGAUCGGGAUCGAUCUUUACACGACCGAAAAGACGAAGCUUGCGCCCAUAGUUCAGGACCUUAAUUUCCAGAAGGAGGAGUACGCCAGCAUCCACACUGUGGUAUUCAAGAACCCCUCGCAAGCCCUACAGGAACGCCUACGAGAGACCGGGCCGCUGCCCAACGACGAGGACCGGCCGAAGAAGAAGGGACUCGCCAGCAAGAAGGCUGCCCAGAAAUACGACUACGAAAAGGUGGCAGAUGCGCUGCAAAAACUAGAGGAGGAGGACCUGCUCAAGGUGAUCCAAAUGAUCAACGAGGGGAAAGCGCCCGAUACCUACAUCAGGAGCGACGUCGAAGCGGGUGAAUUCUCGAUCGAUCUGUACACGAUGCCCGACACACUGACAUCGAAACUAUGGGACUUCUUCCUUAAGCGAGGGCUUGUGUCAUAG